AUGGCAUCGUCGACGUUGAUUUCGGAUCCGGUAACGAACAACAUCGAAAGAGCACGUGAUUCAUCGAAGAGAAGAAAGAAGAAGAGAACUCAUAGACAAUCUACUGGCGAUCAGACGAUUGAGAACUCGAGUAACAAUAACAACCAGAUUAUUUCAUGGAAAUCCGAAGCUCAGCAACAAGUAUACAGCUCAAAACUCCUGCAAGCGCUCCGCAAUGUCCGGAUCAACUCCGGCACGUCUCCGCCUUCUGUUCCCCGCCGUGGACGCGCCGUUCGUGAAGCGGCCGACCGAGUCCUUGCAGUAACAGCGAAAGGUCGGAGUCGAUGGAGCCGUGCGAUUCUCACGAACAAAAUCAAGCUUAAGUUUAUGAAGAAUAACAGAAGACAAAGAGGGACCGCUGUCACAGCAACAGGGAAUAGCCGGUUAAAAAAGCCGCGAGUGAGUAUUUUAAAGCUGAAGACAAAAAAUCUACCGGCAGUGCAAAGGAAAACACGUGUUCUCGGCCGGUUGGUUCCUGGUUGUCGGAAACAACCAUUGCCAGUUGUAUUAGAAGAAGCAACUGAUUAUAUAGCCGCUCUUGAGAUGCAAAUUAAAGUCAUGGCUGCCGUCGCCGACUUUCUCUCCGGUGGCUCCAGCUCCAGUUCCGGUCCCGGCACCGGCGCUAUGAUUCUAAGUCAGCUCAGUCUUAGGCAGCCACCACCGAGCUUGUAA